CUCCCUCCCCCGCCUGCUAAUUUUUUAUGCAUUUUUCUAAACUGUCAUGGCGAUUUUGUGUCCUUGGAAAUAAGAAGCGCCAGCGUUCUUCGGGCUGCCCGGUGAUGCCGGGCCGGUGAGCGCGGCGAGCGGAGCCCGGGGCAGAUGCAGUGAAGGAACAGAAGAUGAAAAUUAUCAAGAAGGACAAGCAGCAGAUGUUCACUGGCCUCCUGAAGCACACUCCACCUCCGGCCUCCGCUGCAGCCUCCUCCUCCUCCUCCUCCUCUUCCUCUUCCUCUUCCUCCUCGGACCAAAGCAGCAACGCACAAGCCGCCCUUCCCACGAUCCCGCGGGGCCACCUGGUGGUGAGCACCAAGGACCAGCUCCGCCUCCUCACCCCCGUGGGCAGCACGGCAGCGUCCAAUCACUGCGUGGCGGUCGGCACCCAUGCCGCCAGGCACGCCGGGGGAGCCGGCCGGCCCCCGGCGUCCGUCGGCGAGGAGGACGAGGGCGGCGGCGGCGGCCGGGUGAAGAAGAAACGAAAGAAAAAGGACAAGAGGGAAUGGGAGAGGGGCGGAGCGGCGGCGGAGGAGAAAGACAGCAGCAAACCAAAGAAACGGCGGGAGGAGAAGCAGCAGGCGGCGGCGACGACGGUGCUCACGCUGAGGAGGAGCAAGGAGCCCAAGGAGGGCAGGGACCGGAAGGAGCGACGGACCAAGAGGAAGGAGGGCAGGAGGAGCGGGACUCAGACGGAGCUCAAACAUGGCGGCAGGCCGCCGGGGCAUGCCGCCGCCGCUCAUCACCCAGCACAGGCGCCUGUCAAGGUUCCUGGAAAACGAGGGAGGAAACCCAAAGUCCAGGUCCUCCCUCCAACUCCUCCCGGUCAAGCGCCUGUCCCCACCCCCGUCCCCGCCCACGGACACCACAGUAAGAUCCAGACUCAGCACCAAGGCCACGGCAGGAACCACGGCCAAGCCAGCAGCAGGACGCCGGCCGCCGCCGCGCCCCGGCAGAGGGGCCGCAAGCCCAGAGAUCCGGGCGCGGCGCCGGUGGAGAAGAAGAAGAAGGGGAAGAGGAGAAACGCGGGGCUGGCGGCCCAGGAGGGGGCGGAGAGUGACGACACUACCUCACCGUCGGCGCUCGCCAUGGGCGGCGAGGACAGCCAGGACGCCCUGGACAGCGCCAAGCGGCGCUCGGGGCGGCAGGUCAAACGGAGGAAGUACAACGAGGACCUGGACUUCAAGGUGGUGGACGACGACGGGGAGACCAUCGCCGUCCUGGGGGCGGGACGCAUCUCCGCCCUGAACGCCACGGCGCUGGCCUGGCAGGCCGAGGAGCCGCCGGAGGACGAGGCCAACAUCAUCGAGAAGAUCCUGUCGGUGCGACCGUCGAAGCGAGAGACACCGGCGGACGGCCGAGCGGAGGACGCCGAGGAGUUCUACGUCAAGUACAGGAACUUUUCUUACCUCCACUGCAAGUGGGCGACUCUGGAGGAGCUGGAGAAAGAUCCCAGAAUCCACCAGAAAAUAAAACGCUUCAGGACCAAGCAGGCGCAGAUGAAGCAUCUCUUCACUGAGCCCGAUGACGACUUGUUCAACCCCGACUACGUGGAGGUGGACCGGGUGCUGGAGGUGGCCGUGACCACGGACACGGAGACCGGAGAGGAGGUCACCCACUACCUGGUGAAGUGGUGCAGUCUGUCCUACGAGGAGGCUACCUGGGAGCUGCAGGAGGACCUGGACCCCGAGAAGAUCAAGGAGUUCGAAAGCAUCCAGAAGCUUCCGGCCGACCUCCGACACGUGGAGCGCCCCCCGCCGGACCAGUGGCAGAAGCUGGAGCGCUCCAGAGACUACCGCAACGGGAACCAGCUGAGGGAGUACCAGCUGGAGGGGAUGAACUGGCUGCUCUUCAACUGGUACAACAGGAAAAACUGCAUCCUGGCGGACGAGAUGGGCCUGGGCAAGACCAUCCAGUCCAUCACCUUCCUGUACGAGAUCUUCAGCAUGGGCGUGCGCGGGCCCUUCCUCAUCAUCGCGCCGCUCUCCACCAUCACCAACUGGGAGCGCGAGUUCCGCACCUGGACGCACAUGAACGUCAUCGUGUACCACGGCUCGCAGAUCAGCCGCCAGAUGAUCCUGCAGUACGAGAUGUUCCACCGGGACCCUCAGGGUAACACCAUCCCGGGCAUCCUGAAGUUCCACGGAGUGAUCACCACCUUCGAGAUGAUCAUGGCCGACUGCCCGGAGCUGAAGAAGCUGCACUGGCGCUGUGUGGUGAUCGACGAGGCUCACCGGCUCAAGAACCGUAACUGCAAGCUGCUGGAGGGACUCAAACUCAUGAACCUGGAACACAAGGUCCUGCUGACGGGAACGCCGCUGCAGAACUCGGUGGAGGAGCUGUUCAGUCUUCUGAACUUCCUGGAGCCGCUGCAGUUCCCGUCGGAGAGCUCCUUCCUGGACGAGUUCGGGGACCUGAAGACGGACGAGCAGGUGAAGAAGCUCCAGGCCAUUCUGAAGCCCAUGAUGCUCCGGAGACUGAAGGAUGACGUGGAGAAAAACCUGGCUCCUAAAGAGGAGACCAUCAUCGAGGUGGAGCUGACCAACAUUCAGAAGAAGUACUACCGCGCCAUUCUGGAGAAGAACUUCUCCUUCCUGUCCAAAGGAGCCAAUCAGCACAACAUGCCCAACCUGAUCAACACCAUGAUGGAGCUGCGCAAGUGCUGCAACCACCCCUACCUGAUCACCGGAGCCGAGGAGAAGAUUCUGGAGAGCUUCAGGAAGUACCACAGCCCGGACGCCGCCGACUUCCAGCUGCAGGCCAUGAUCCAGGCGGCGGGGAAGCUGGUGCUGAUCGACAAGCUGCUGCCGAAGCUGCUGGCCGGCGGCCACAAGGUGCUGGUCUUCUCUCAGAUGGUCCGCUGCCUGGACAUCCUGGAGGACUACCUCAUACAAAGACGAUACACGUACGAGCGGAUCGACGGUCGCGUCCGGGGGAACCUGCGGCAGGCGGCCAUCGACCGCUUCUGCAAGCCGGACUCAGACCGCUUCGUGUUCCUGCUGUGCACCCGGGCGGGGGGGCUGGGCAUCAACCUGACGGCCGCCGACACCUGCAUCAUCUUCGACUCGGACUGGAACCCGCAGAACGACCUGCAGGCCCAGGCUCGCUGCCACCGGAUCGGCCAGAGCAAAGCCGUCAAGGUGUACCGGCUGAUCACCAGGAACUCCUACGAGAGGGAGAUGUUCGACAAGGCCAGCCUGAAGCUGGGGCUGGACAAGGCCGUCCUGCAGGACAUCAACCGCAAGGGCAGCCUGAACGGGGUGCAGCAACUGUCCAAGCUGGAGGUGGAGGACCUGCUGAAGAAGGGGGCGUAUGGCGCCCUGAUGGACGAGGAGGACGAGGGCUCCAAGUUCUGCGAGGAGGACAUCGACCAGAUCCUCCAGAGACGCACUCAGACCAUCACCAUCCAGUCCGAGGGGAAGGGGUCCACCUUCGCCAAGGCCAGCUUCGUCUCGUCCGGGAACAGAACCGACAUAUCUCUGGACGACCCCAACUUCUGGCAGAAGUGGGCCAAGAUCGCCGAGGUGGAGAUCGACUCCAAGUCGGAGAAGGAGUCGCUGGUCAUCGACACGCCCCGAGUCCGGAAGCAGACCCGGCACUACAACUCCUUCGAGGACGACGAGCUGAUGGAGUUCUCGGAGCUGGACAGCGACUCGGAGGACCGGCCCUGCCGGACCCGCCGCCUGGGCGAGCGCGCACGCCGCUACCUGCGCGCCGAGUGCUUCCGGGUGGAGAAGAACCUGCUGAUCUUCGGGUGGGGUCGGUGGAAGGACAUUCUGACCCACGGCCGGUUCAAGUGGCACCUGGCGGAGCGGGACAUGGAGGUGAUCUGCAGGGCGCUGCUGGUCUACUGUCUCCGGCACUACAAAGGAGACGACAAGAUCAAGAGCUUCAUCUGGGACCUGAUCUCCCCCAGCAAGGACGGCCAGGAUCAGGCGCUGCUCAACCACUCGGGUCUGUCGGCUCCGGUUCCCCGGGGCCGGAAGGGCAAGAAGAUGAAGAACCAGCUGAACGUUCCGGAGGUGAAGAACGCCGACUGGCUGGUCAGCUGCAACCCCGAGGUGGUUCUGCAGGACGACAGCUACAAGAAGCACCUGAAGCAGCACUGCAACAAGGUGCUGCUGAGGGUUCGCAUGCUGUACUACCUGAAGGUGGAGAUCCUGGGAGACGCCGCCGCUCAGGCUCUGGACGGGACGCCUGCCAGUAAACUGGAGGUGGCGCUGCCGGACAUCGACUACAUCGAGAUUCCCGUGUCGUGGUGGGACGCCGACGCUGACAAGUCUCUGCUCAUCGGAGUCCACAAACAUGGAUAUGAGCGCUACAACGCCAUGCGCGCUGACCCUGACCUGUGUUUCCUGGAGCGAGUCGGGAUGCCGGACGUCACGGCGCUGUCGGCGGAGCAGGGUGGAGGAGAGGCGGCCGCCGACAUGACAGACAGCGGCAGCAAAGCGGAGGAGGCGAAGGACGACGGCGAGAGCAAAGCCGAGGGCGGCGAGGAUCGAGAUGACAACAGCAAGGGGGAGGAAACCUGCUCCAGCACCGACACGUCCGACAAGCCCGACAGCACCGGACCAGACCCCCAGCUGUGCGGCGACCUGUGCGUCCAGGACGGCACAUUGGUCACCACCACCACGGCGGCGGGGACGGGCACGGGCGUGGCGGCGCUGCACGUCAUCCAGGCACGGCCGCCGUGGCCCGCCGGCCCCGCCCUGACCGCCCGCCUGCGCCGCCUCAUCACGGCCUACCAGCGCUUCACGCUGCGCCGCGAGCCGCCGCCGCGCCACGACUUCCUGCUGCACGACGGCCUGGCGGGGCUGGCCAUGGGCGGGGCCUCGGCGGCGGCCUGGCAGCUGGGGGAGGAGCUGAGGAGGUGUCCCGUGGUCGCCGCCGAGCCCGACCCGCUCUUCCUGGAGUGGCAGAGGAGGUGGACGCGGCGUGAGCAGGCGGACUUCUACCGCACCGUGUCGUCGUUCGGCGUGGUCUUCGACCCGGACCGGAAGGCCUUCGACUGGGCCGGGUUCCGGGCGCUGGCCCGGCUGGAGCGCAAGACGGACCAGAGCCUGGAGCGCUACUUCAACGCCUUCGUCAACAUGUGCCGCACGGCGUGCAAACUGCCGCCGCGCAAGGAGGAAGGCCUGGUGGACCCGGCCGUCCUGGUGGAGCCGCUGACGGAGGAGCGAGCUGCCCGGACUCUUUACCGCAUCGAGCUGUUGCGGAAGAUCCGGGAGCAGGUCCUCCGCCACCCGCUGCUCUCCGCCCGCCUCCAGCUGUGCCGGCCCUCCCUCUACCUGCCGGUGUGGUGGGAGUCCGGCAAGCACGACCGCGACCUCCUGAUCGGGGCCGCGCGCCACGGCUUGAACCGCACCGACUUCUACAUCCUGAACGACCCCCAGCUGAGCUUCCUGGAGGCCCACAGGAACUACGUCAGGGGGCAUCCUGCUCACCUCCACCCCCCUCCCCACCCGGGCCUGGCUGCUCACCCCGGCUCCGCCCACCCGCACUGCUGCCUGUACGACCACACCCCCCCGCCCCCCGACUACCCCCACCCGGCCCCCCACCACCUGCACCAGCAGCCCCACCCCGCCGCCCCCCACCACCCCCACCUGCAGCCCUCGCCCGCAGACGCCCACGGCCCCGCCUCCCCCGGGAUGGGCGUGGGGGCGGGGCCCCGGGGGGACUUCCUGGACUGCCCCCCCCUGGACGAGGGCCUGGAGCUGGGGGGGCUGCAGCACGACGCCAUGGCGGCGGACGGCCUGCACGGUGGCAAGGCGUCCAAAGACGCCCUGAACGGCUUCCCCUUCAACUCGGCGGCGGGCGGCCAGAGCAUGCUCAACUCGUACGGAGUGGGCGGGGCCGACCUGCUGGCGGGGGAGCAGGGCUCGUCGGAGGACACGGGGCUGAUGGCGCCGUCGGUGGAGCUGGACCAGCUGCAGGCCCCCUGGGACGGCGCAGACCACACCAGCCCCGCCCACCACAUGUUCAACGAGUCGGACCCCAUCCUGGGACCGCCCGCCCUGGAGACGGGCUUCCUGGAGGAGGAGGACGAGGAGGCGCAGGGGGCGGAGCCAGGCGGCCAGGGGGCGGGCUCUCUGGAGGAGUGUCUGGGCCUCCCGCCCGCGUCCUCCCCCUCCCCCCCCUCGGCGGGGGACCCGGGGGAGCCGCUGGCCUCCAGCUACAUGCUCUUCAAGGACAUCGGCGUGAGCGAGGAGCCCAGCGCCGACCAGACCGACCUGUCGGCCAGCCCCCCCCUCCCCUUCGGUGCCGCCGCCCCCCUCUCGCUCUCGGACAUCACCGCCCACGAGCCGCAGGACGGGCUGGGACACGCCCACAGCCUGAACAACCCCGUGGAGGAAGGGGAGGAGCCCCGGGGCGGCGCCGGGUUCCAGUUCGACGACAAGGAGGAGGAGGAGGAGGAAGAGCAGAACGAUGUGAGAGAGGGAGGGGAGGAAGGAAAUCCGCAUGGAGGUGCCGACCGGAGUUUAGCGGUCCUGGAUCCCCCCAUGGAGGUUCCAGAGGUGGACGGGAUAGAACCAGAACCAGAACCGGACCUGGAAGGACUGCCCACAGGGAAAGAGAUCUCAGACGUGUCUCCAGACCUUCAGGAUAACUUCGAUCAGACGGUGCCAAAAGAGGACUCAAACCAGAACCUGCACCCUUUCCUUGGAAAGCUGGACGAGGACAGGAGCUUCGGGUGUCCGGAGUCCCUGGAGGAGCCGCCGGAGGAGGUGGACGGGCUGAUCCUCUACCAGACCGUCGAGGAACAAGCAAUGGGAAGUUCUCUGGACGCCCAAACGCUGAUGAGCAGCGCAGAACAAGACUUUGUGAAAAUCAAAGAGAUUUCCAAGAAGGCCGACACCAUGCAGCCAGUGAGCCUGGCGGAGCAGGUGGACGAGGUCUCUGAGGGCCAGGUGGACCAGGUGGACCACGGUUCCCUCAUGAUGCAGCAAAGAAACCAGACCGCAGAGAACCACGUCAGAGAACAAGUCGGCGCCGACAAGAUGCAGCUGGAAGACAUUUAUCCAGGAUACGAGCAGACGCCCUGCUCCUCCGUCUCCGUCUCGUCUCCCACAGAAGCGUCCAAGCCUGAGACCAAGAGCCAGGUCUCCACGGACCAGGGUCCUGCUGUAGACCUGAAUCUGACGGGGGACAGCAGAGACCAGAACGACAGACCUGAGGACAGCAAAGAAGGUCUGCUGGAUCACAGUGAGGGGAAAAUGACGCCCGCUCAGCCGAUCGACAGCAUCGACGCCAAACCGUCCGAUCUGAAGCUCCAUCUCUCACCAAACAAACCGGAGCGGCUGCAUCUACCCGUCAAGGUGGAGGAGACCAAGCCAGACAGCCUUGACCAUGUCUGUCCGGAUAGCUCUGAAGUCAAACACUCCAACUUUCUGUCCUUCCCGGUGAAGUCUGAAGAUCUGGUGACCAAAGCCGAGCAGCUGGAGUAUCCGGUUCAACCCGGAGCUCUGGAGGCCAAACCUGAAGACCUCAGCGUCCCCAUAAAGCCCGAGAGCCCGGACAUCAAACCCGACCCACUGCAGUUUGUGUCCUAUGCAGACGUCAAGCCCGAAGUCAAACCUCUGGAUCUUGGCUUCGCCGCUUAUCCAGACGGAACCAAACUGAAGACCGAGACCAAACCCGACAGCCUGAAGCUGCUGGCCUUUCCCGACACGUCUGCCGUCAAGCCCGAAGCCAAGACAGAGGCGGCGGGCUUCUACCCGGACAGCUCCGAGAUCAAGCCCGAGGCCAAGCCCGAAGGCCUGGAGCUGUCCCGGGUCAAAGCCGAGACCAAGCAGGAGCCGCUGGAGGCCGACAGCACGGUCCUCACCCCGAAGCUGGAGCAGGCCGACAGCCCGGAGUGCCUGCUGGGGAGAGGCCCGGUGAAGGAGGAGCGGCCCGAGACGCCAGUGGUUCCGGCGGUGGACGGCUACGCCGGCAGUCCCCGGUUCGCGGCUCCCGUCUCCAUGUGUGAGAUUCCAGACGGCGUCCAGGAAGCCCGGGAGCCCACCAUCGCCCAGCUGCUGCAGGAGAAAGCCCUGUUCUCCUUCUCCGAGUGGCCGAAGGACCGGGUCAUCAUCAGCCGUCUGGACAGCAUCUGUCACGCCAUCCUGAAGGGGAAGUGGCCUUCGUCCAGCGAGCAGUACGACUCUCCGGCCUCGCUCGCCACUAACUCCUGCCUGGCUAACAGUCUGGCGCAGCAGCAGCACCGCGGCGGCUUCCUGUCCGCCGGCUCGGGGUCCGGCUCCGGCCCGGCUCGGGUCCAGCAGGCCUGCCCCGGUCCCGGUCUGGGCUUCGGCAUCCCCCCUCCGCUCACUAGACUCCCCAAGUAUGUGCCUCGGGGUGGCGCCUGCGGGCGCGGGGCGUGGCGCCUCACCUCCUUGCCUCUCUUGCAGGAGAGGCUGGUGGCUCCUCCCUUCCUCCCUGAGCUCAAACGAGCGGGAGGUCGGAGGUCAUUCGACUAUGAAGCCGCUGCCGCCGCAGCCGCCAAGGUUUUAGCCGGGAAAUCGACGGCGGCCGCCGCCAGCAGCAGCACCGGCGGUGAGAACGUGCCGGUGGUGGCUCCGCCCUCUCACCGCUCGGGCGCCAUGCUGCUUAACGGCUGGCAGGACGCCGCCAUUGACCUCACCAAGUCAUCGGGGGAAAUAAGCGCCGCCGGUGGCAUGGGGACAAACGAAGCUGCGGCGGCGGCGGGAGUCGGCGGCCAUAAGCCGCCGCCGCCUCCCCCCAUCACGGCGCCGCUGCCGGGCCCGGUGGGCAUGGACAUGGCGGGGAUACUGCAGGCCGGCCUCAUCCACCCGGUAACCGGGCAGAUAGUUAACGGCAGCCUGAGGGGAGAUGAGGCUUUGAGGAGGAGGAGGGGCAGGAGGAGAAAUGUGGAAGCUCUGUACUCUGAGUUCACCAAGAGCCGAGGACUGCACCUCCCCGACGCACAGGGCCGAGUGGAGGUGAUCAGCCACUCCUCCGUCUCCUCCUCCACCUCCUCGCCGUCUCCCUCGCCGUCGGAGCGGCCCGCCGGCCCCCCCACGCCAUCCUCCUCCUCCUCCACCCCCACCCCCGCCCAGACGCCCCCGCAGCCGGAGAUCGUGGCCGUGGACCGCGAGGCGGCCAGCAAGGGCCUGAUGGAGUGGCUGCGGCAGAACCCGGGUUACAGCAUGGACCUGCCCGCCUUCGCCCACUCUGGCGCAGGUCUGCUGCACGGCUUCGUGGAGCGGCCCAAGCAGAGACGGCACCGCUGCAAAGACCCCACCAAGCUGGACGUCAACUCCCUGACGGGGGAGGAGCGGGUGCCGGUGGUGCACCGGGGCACCGGACGCAGGCUGGGCGGAGCCAUGGCCCCCGCCAUGAAGGAGCUGUCCAGAUGGUUGGAUGCCAACUCAGAGUACUUUGUGGCUCCAGACUGGGCCGAUGUGGUCAAACACUCUGGUUUCCUCCCGGAGGGGAAGUUUUCGCGGAUCCUGACGGAGCCGGUGAGCCGGGACCCGGCGGCGCGGCGCCGCGGGCGGCGUCCCCGCAGCGAGAUGCCCAAGCCGCUGCUGUCGGUGUCGGACUCGGCGUCCUCGCUCGGCCCGCCGCUCUUCAUGAACGGCGGCCUGAUCGGCAGCAUGGAUUCCAUGGUGGCCAUGCAGAACCUGCGCGGCGGCCUCCCGGGGAUCCCCAUCUCCGGCAUCAUGGCGGCCGGAUUCCCGCACGGCUUCCCGGUGUCGGCCGGAGCCGGCGGCACGUCGGCGGAGGACGCCAAGAACGGAUUGAGUAUGUUACCCAUGAUGCUGCACGGCAUCCCGCACCCGCACGGCGCCGCCAUUCCGCAGCACGCCUUGUUCAGCGUGGGCACCAUGAUGGCUCCGCCCCCUCCGCACCCCGCGUCCUCCUCCGCCUCCUCCUCGUCCCCUCUGGCCGCCGCCAAGGUCACCACCACCGCCGCCCCGUCCGCGCCGGACGCGUCCAGCCCGUCGUCCUCCACGCCGGCCGACGGCGCCGCCGCCUCCGGCGACAAGGAGAAAGGCGGCACGGAGGGGAGCAAGCGGCCGGAGGCGGCGGCGGCGGCCAUCAUCACCUCCUCCUCCGGCAGGGCUCACCUGGGCGCCGGCGGCCACCUGACCUUUAACCCCUUCCUGAUCCCCGGCAUGUCCCACGGCCUGCUCUACCCGCACAUGUUCCUCCCGCACGGCGGCAUAAUGGCGCUGCCCGCCAUGCCGCCCGGCGCCGCCGACGGCCCGCCGCCCAGCCCCAAGAGGAGGAGGAGGAGGGGCAAGGAGGAGGAGCGGGAGGAGGAGAAGGUGGAGGAGGAGGCCGCGGCGGCGGAGGAGGAGGAGGAGGAGGAGCGUCCAAGUACAGAUCAGCCCAGCUGCUCCUCCACCUUCGAGCCGGCGCCGCCUCCACCCGAGCCGCUCCGCCAGGACGCUCCGGAACCGCCUCCACCCGAGCCGCUCCGCCAGGACGCUCCGGAACCCGCCUCCACCCGAGCCGCUCCGCCAGGACGCUCCGGAACCGGACUCUGUGGCGGCGGAGGAGGAGAAGGAGGCGGAGCAGCAGCAGGCGGAGGAGGAGCAGAGACAGGAGGGUGGAGAGGAGGAGUAGAACCAGGAGGAGCCGUCUCUCUGUGCCGUCUUCGUCCCUCCUCCUCCUCCUCCUCCUCCUCCAGCAGUGUGAACUUUGUGCCGUGUCUGUCCGUCGACGUUCCUGUAAAGACUUUUAAUAUGACGACUAAUAAGAACUCUGAUUAUAUCCAGCUGUCAUGUUUAUAUACCGAGAAAGACUCCGCCUCCGCCUCCACCCGCACCGCCUCCACCUCCGCCUGCACCGCCUCCUCAUCAAGGAAAAAAAACGCAGCAUAGGACUUCAUCUCUGCCUCCUCCACACACACACACACACACACACACCGUGCUCUGCAGGAGGUUCUGGAGUUUGCUCAGCGAUGGCGUGAGGACCUCCAGAGGUUUCUGGGACGUCCGGCGCUCCGACCCGUCCCCUCCUCUCCUCUGGCCUGUGAAGUCUCCUGUGUGAACUCCAGUUCCAGCUCCCGGAGCGCAGGCUCUCCUCGUUCCUCUUCGGUUCUUUGUGUUCUGCAGCAGCUCGGCGUCGAAGUCGUCCAGAGAGGACGAGUCCGGAGGACGACCGCCAGGGUCCCGUCUGACUCCGAUCAUGACCUUACUUUAUAUUCAGUCACUUUUGGACGUUCCCCUGGGAGCCAGCGGGGGGGCGCUGUGAGGCUGGUCUAGGUGGGGUGGGGGGGUGGGGGG